UAUAAGAUAAUAACUGCAAUUUCAAAGGCGCUCAAAAGCAAUCAUGACAGCAGUAGAUGAGGUGCAUUCAAAGUUUGCACCUCCAUUGGAAAGAAGGGGAAAAAAAAAUGCAUGCAAUUUGCCCCUUAAUUUGUCAUGGGCUCUAUCGUGUCCUUCCUCCACACGCCAAUUGAGAUUAUUAUUUUUAAUUUUAUUUAGUAUAUGUAUUCAUGUGCGAGAAAAAACAUUUUAUUAAUUAAAUGAUAUUGAGGAUAUGUAUCAUACGCAUGUCAGUGUCUGAUAUGUAUCGGAUAUGAAUGAUUCAACCUAUUUGAAGUAUUUUUCAUUUAUGGUAUGUAAUUGGUUGAUUGCUUGAUGAAAAUUUUGUUAAUUGCUAUGGCAAAACUAUAAUGUUGUGCAUAAACUUUGGUUGAUGUGAGAUUGUCUUAUGUGAGCUUAAUUGGGUCCAAUUGUGGGCUAUUUGUAUUAAGCUGAUCAAUCUCAGGUGUGUUUGGGCUUGGCUUGAGCUAGAUUUGAAUACUGACGAUGCUUACUGCUGGCAAACUUGUAAAACUUGCUCUAUGUUUUAAACCACGUAACAAUGCCAUCAGAUUCUACGCUGAAUUUCUUCCAGGAGAGCAAAAAACACUUGAAAUGCUAGAAAAAAAGGAGAACGUACUUAUAAAGAAAGCUGCUGCGGAGGUCGAAAAGGCUAAGGAAUUUAGCCGAGUGAAAAACAAAAGAGCGGCAAUACAAUGUUUAAAGAGGAAGAGACUUUAUGAACAGCAAAUUGAACAGCUGGGAAAUUUUCAAUUGCGCAUUCAUGAUCAGAUGAUUAUGCUGGAAGGUGCAAAGGCUACCACAGAGACUGUUGAUGCUUUAAGGUCUGGAGCAUCUGCAAUGAAAGCCAUGCAGAAGGCAACGAAUAUUGAUGAUGUGGACAAAACAAUGGACGAGAUUAAUGAGCAGACCGAGAAUAUGAAACAGAUCCAGGAGGCAUUGUCAGCUCCCAUUGGUGCUGCAGCCGAUUUUGAUGAAGAUGAAUUAGAAGCAGAGCUCGAAGAAUUGGAAGGAGCUGAGCUGGAGGAACAGCUUCUCCAGCCUGCCACGUCUGCUCCUGCUGCCCCAGCACAAGUUCCAGCUGGCAGGGUACCUGCUCGUCCAGCUCCUCAGAAGAACACAGCUGAGGAAGAUGAGCUUGCUGCAUUACAGGCAGAAAUGGCACUUUGAAGAGUUAUCAACUCAAGUGGGAAGAGCUUGUAUAAAAAGAUUGAUCUACUAGGCUGCCUAUACUUUACAUGCCCAAAUUUAAGUUUCUGUGUACAUUAAGUAAAAUCGAUUAAUCUUAAACAGGGAGUAUGCUGGGUGUUUUGAAGUGAUCUUGUCAUUUUCCAUUUGCAUGCAUCCUUUGAACAGGUAAUGAAAAUUCUCCAAGCUUUAGAAAUUUCUGAAUAAAUGUAAUAGUUGACCCAAAUUUAUUUAUUUAUUUAUAUUAUUAUUGUUAUUUGUUUUUGGCUUAA